AUGGCGGAUGAACAAACGAAAUCAAAACUGCUCGAACAGUUCUUCAACGUUACUGGUGUACGUGGAGAGAGAGCGAAAUUUUUUCUAGAAAUGGCUGCUUGGAACUGUGAUGCUAGUUUUUCCAGAUUUUUAUAUUUUUGUCGACUAAUUGCUAUGAUGACUAGUUUCAUUACAAAUUUUUCAAAACUUAGGAUUAAAACCUUGAACACCCUGAAACAUGAUGAGGACAGUAACUCAGGAGAGGAGGGUGAAGCAUUCUAUGCUGGAGGCAGCGAGUCUGGGGGAGGGCAGCAGAUAUUGGGACCAAAGAAGAAAAAGGAUCCAAACAAUCUUGUCUCAGAUGUUUUCAAGAUGGCCAGAGAACACGGAGCGGAAGUGGUGGAAAACACGAUGGCCUCAUCAUUGGCUGGCAACAAGAGACCGACAGGCGUAGAUGUUGUUUUGAAGUUUUGGAGGGAUGGUUUCAGUGUGGAUAAUGGACCAUUGAGGAGCAUGCAGGAUCCGGCCAACAUGGAAUUUCUUGAGGAUAUCAAGGAUGGGAAAAUCCCAAGAGAAUUUGCCACACUCAUGAGAGGUUACCAGCAGAUUAACUUGAGUAUGGAAGACCACAGUAGCCAGGAGUAUGUAAAGCCGAAAGUUACUCUACAGGCCUUCUCUGGUCACGGCUUCAGAUUAGGAAAGCAAAGCACAGAGCAGGCACAUACUAAGCCAGCAACUGAUGCUACAGCUUCCAAUAACCAAGCAAUUGAAAAUAUGAGCAUUGACAACUCUCAGCCGGUCACGACUCUUCAAAUUAGAUUGCCUGAUGGCACAAGGUUAACGGCAAAGUUCAAUCACUCUCACACUAUUGCUGAUGUCAGGAAUUACUUAAUAACAUCUCAGCCCAGUUUAAUGGCGAGGGAUUUCACCCUGAUGACCACUUUCCCAAGGACCGAGUUGGACAAUCUCAGUGCUACUCUGACCUCUGCAAACAUCAUCAACUCUGUCUUGGUCAUAAAGUAUAAGUGA